AUGGGCAAUACCUUAUCCAUCUUUUCGUCCAGCGGUGAGGCCCUCACGAAAGCCGAGAGACUAGAGCUCGAGCAGGAGCUUGCCGACAAGAAGGACACCAUCAACGUCCUCGAAAGCGACAUCUCCAAGAAGGAGAAGGAGCACACCCUGCUCUCCGCCGAAGCCGACGAGCUCCGAAAGAAGAUCAAAGACCUCGAAGGCCAGCUUCACUCCUCCGGCGAUGAGACAAAGUCGCUGCUUGCCGAGCUCCAGACCGAGCUGAAGACCAAGGAGGAGCUCACCCGCGAGGAGCACGAGGCUUUCAAGCAGGAGCUCGAGGAUACAAAGGCGCAGCUGGUUCUCGUCGAGGAGAAUGUCCAGGCCGUCGACGCCGAGCGUCAGACCCUCAAGGCCGAGAUCACCAAGCUCACCCAGGAGGUGACCGAUGCCAAGGAGGCCCUCGAUGCGUCCGAGAAGGCCCUCAAGGCCGAGAUUGAGGCCCUCAUUGCCCGCGCCACCACCGCCGAGAAGGAGCAGGGCUCCUUGAAGGAGACCUCCGCCAAGCUCGAGUCCGACCUCACCGCUGCCAAUAAGGCCCUCGAGGAGCACAAGCAAGCUGCCGCCGACUCCCAGGCCAAGCUCCAGGCACUGUCUGAGACACACGAGAAGCUCAAGGCCGACUCCGAGGCCGAGCUUGCUGCUUCCAAGACCAGCCUGGGCGAGCUCGAGAGCAAGCACGCGACCCUGCAGCAGACCCACGACAAGCUGUCCACCGACUCCAAUGCCGAGAUUGCCUCAAAGCAGAGCGCCCUGGAGGAGCUCGAGGCCAAAUACGCCGAGUUGGAGAAGGCCAACGAGGGCCUGAAGAGCGGAUCUGCUGCUGACCUGGCCGCUGCCCAGAAGGAAGCUGCGGAUGCCAAGAAGGCCCUUGCCGACGCCGAGAAGCAGAGCGAUGCUGCUCUCUCCAAGAUCGAGGCCGAGCUGGAGCAAUCCCGUGCUGAGGUUGCCAAGGCCCAGAAGGACGUUGCUGAUAAGGAGGAGGCCCAGAAGAAGCUCACCGAGGAGAACAAGGCAGCCCUCGAGAAGGCUCAGGCCAGCAUCACCGAGGCUGAGGCCAAGGUCAAGGCCCUGACCGAGGAGAAGGAAGCCCUCACCAAGGAGGUUGCUGAGCAGGCUACCGAGAUCGAGGCCCUGCAAAAGGAACAGGAGGAGAGCACCGCCAAGGCCAAGGCCCUCGGUGACGACCUCGCUGCUGCCAAGAAGGCUAGCGACGAGCUCUCGACCAAGGUUGGCGAGCUCACCAAGAAGUUGGAGGAGGCUGAGGCCAAGGCAACCAAGGCAGAGACUGAUGCCAAGGCCCUGGAAGCUGAGAAGAAGGAGCUCGAGACCAAGGUCCAAGGUACCGAGUCUGAGCUCAAUGCCAAGCUCGAGGCGGCCCAGGCCAGCCUGAAGACUGCUGAGGCGGACGUCACGACAGCCAAGGAGGUUGAGGCUGCCCUCCAGACCAAGCUCGAUGCUGCUGAGGCCAGUGCCACCGCCGCCCAGACCGAGGCUAAGACCGCCAAGGAUGCUGAGGCCGACCUGAAGACGAAGCUCACUGCCGCCGAGGCUGAAAAGAAGACUGCCGAGGACAGUGCUGCUGAGCUGAAGACGAAGGUUGAGUCUGCUGAGGGCGAGAAGAAGACCGCUGAGGACGCCGCCGCCGAACUUAAGAAGAAGAUCGAGGCUGCCGAAGCCGAGAAGAAGUCGGUUGAGGAGAGCGCUGCUGAGCUCAAGAAGAAGAUCGAGGCCGCCGAGGCUGAGAAGAAGGCUGUCGAAGACAGUGCCGCUGAUCUGAAGAAGAAGAUCGAGGCUGCCGAGGCCGCCAAGAAGGCAGUCGAGGAUAGCGCCGCCGAGCUCAAGACGAAGCUUGAGGCCGCUGAGGGUGAUGCCAAGACCGCCAAAGAAGGCGAGGCUGCCCUGAAGACCAAGUUGGAAGCUGCCGAGGCUGCCCAGAAGACGGCUGAGGAUGGUGCUGCCGACCUGAAGACCAAGAUCGACGCUGCUGAGGCUGAAGCUAAGAAGGCCAAGGACAGCGAGGCCGAGCUUAAGACCAAGCUCGAGACCAGCGAAACCGAGAAGAAGGCGGCUGUCGAGAAGACCGAGGCCCUUGAGAAGAAGGUCAAGGAGCUUGAGGCUGCCGAGGCCGACAAGAAGGCCGCUCUGGAGAAGAACACAGCCCUUGAGAAGAAGAUCAAGGAGCUUGAGGAGGCCGCCGCCAAGACGGAGAAGAAGGAGAACGGUGCUCCCCAAGAGGCCGCUGCCGCCUCAUAA